UCAUCACAGAUGGCAUCAUAACGAAUCCCGGUGGAUUUUUAAAUGUUGAAGCUGUAAGCUGCUGUUUUCUGGAUGUGCUGCUUCAAUGGCUGUGACACCAACACUCACUGUUUGUGCUGCAGAAAAAAACAACCUCAGGAUCGUUCUUCUUGGGAAAUCUGGAGUCGGCAAAAGUGCAGCAGGAAACACCAUCUUAGGGAGAAAAGCUUUUGAGUCUCAUCCUUCUCUUUCCUCUGUGACAUUAGUCUGUGAGAAGAAAACUGAUGAGUUUCGUGAUUUAAAUCUGGAUGUUAUUGACACUCCAGGUCUGUUUGGGACUGAAAAAAAUAAUGAAGAGGUUGAGAAAGAGAUUGUUAAAGGCAUCAGCCUGGCGGCUCCUGGUCCUCAUGUGUUCCUGAUUGUUCUCCAACUGAAUAGAUUCACACUAGAAGAUGAAAAUACGGUGGAAAUAAUUAAGACAAUGUUUGGUGAAGAAGCAGCCAAAUACACCAUGGUCCUGUUUACCCAUGGAGACGAGCUGAAAAGGAGAAACAUUAACAUAGAAGACAUGUUAGAAAACCACAAACCUCUAAAACAGAUCAUCAAUCAGUGCUGCAUCUUGGAGAAAUUUGAAGAUAAAUAUCAUGUCUUUGACAAUGAAGUUGAGGAUUCUGUUGAAGUCAGCAGACUGCUGCAGAAGAUCAACAGAAUGGUAAAAAAAAAUGGAGGAAGUUUCUACACGAACGAAAUGGCAGAAAGAGCCAAACAAGAAGAAAUGGGACGACCGCUUAGAGCUGCUGCUGCAGCUAAAAUGGAUUCAGAGCUCAGGAUUGUCCUUCUUGGGAAAUCUGGAGUCGGCAAAAGUGCAACAGGAAACAUCUUAUUAGGGAGAAGGGCUUUUGAGUCUCAUCUUUCUCUUUCCUCUGUGACAUUAGUCUGUGAGAAGAAAACUGAUGAUUUUCGUGAUUUAAAUCUGGAUGUUAUUGACACUCCAGGUCUGUUUGGGACUGAAAAAACUAAUGAAGAGGUUGAGAAAGAGAUUGUUAAAUGCAUCAGCCUGGCGGCUCCUGGUCCUCAUGUGUUCCUGAUUGUUCUCCAACCGAAUAGAUUCACACCAGAAGAUGAAAAAACGGUGGAAAUAAUUCAGAGUGUGUUCGGAGAGGAAGCAGCCAGAUUCACCAUGGUCCUGUUUACUCAUGGAGAUGAGCUGAAAAAGGCAAACGUUAAAAUAGAAGACAUAUUAGAAAAAAGACAGACUCUAAGACCUAUCAUCAGUCAGUGCUCCAUCUUGCAGAAAUUUGAAGACAAAUAUCAUGUUUUUGACAACGAAGUUGAGGAUUCUGCUCAAGUCAGUGGACUGAUGGAUAAGAUCAACAGAAUGGUUGAGGGAAAUGGAGGAAGUUUCUACACCAGUGAAAUGUUUAGAGAGGCACAGAUAGCCAAACAAGAAGAAAUGAAACGACCGUUCAGAGAAAAUCCACCCAUGAAUACUGGAGGUUCAGGAAGAGCAGGGAGAGAUGAGACAUGUUUUAUACAGUAAUGGUGGGAGCGAUGUUUUGGAUGCAGUUGGUUAAACCCUGAUUUUUAUAAAUAACAAAAUAUUUACCAGUUCUAUGCAGACUAUUGAUUAUGUCACUAAAUAAGAAAUAUAUGAUCAGCUGAGCAUCAUCAUCUCUGAUUUGUGAGGCUGUUGUUUUGAUUCCUGCUUCCUUCAGUCACAUCUUCAACUGACAGUUACCUUGAAUAAUAAUAAUAAUAAUAAUAAUAAUAAUAAUAAUAUACAAGAGUUUUGAACUCACAGUAUCAGCAGCUACAAAAAUGGUUAAUUUAACAUUAUUUCUGAUUUUAGACGUUUAUCUCUGAGUAAUUAUUGAUUGACUAAAUCAUCACCUGCUGGAUUAUAUAAUUUUCUUUGCCUUUGACAU